AUGGAGGGCGGCGCCACCGGCGGCCACCUCGUCCGGGUCGUCUCCCGGCGCACGGUGCGCCCGUUGACGACGGUGAAAGUGAACGGCUCCCAUCCGCUGAAAGACGAGGAGGUCGAGGUGAUCCACCUGACGCCGCUGGACCUACGCCUGAUCCGCACCGACUACAUCCAGAAGGGCAUCCUCCUGCCCAACCCUCCGCUCUCCGGCGACGUCCUCGCCGACGCCCUCGAGUCCUCGUUCGCGCUCGCCCUGCGGCGGUUCUACCCGUUCGCCGGCCGGCUCGCCUCCGACGAGCGCGGCGACGGGACCGUGACGGUGUCCCUGCGGUGCACCGGCGAGGGCGCCGAGUUCGUGCACGCCACGGCGCCUGGUGUCGCCGCCGCCGACAUCGUCUCCUCGGUCCACACGCCACCGGUGGUCUCGGAGUUCCAUUCGUUCGACCCGGUCCUCGGCCCCGACGCCGCCGCCAUCGAGGACCUCCCCUUGCUGUCCGUGCAGGUCACCGAACUCGCCGACGGCGUGUUCGUCGGCGUGACCUUGAACCACGCCGUCGCCGACGGCACCGCGUUCUGGCACUUCCUCAACACAUGGUCGGAGAUCCACCGACGCAGCGGCGGUGGCGGCGACGGCGACCUGUCCACGCCGCCGCCGCUGCUCCGGCGGUGGCUCGUCGAGACCUGGCCCGUGCCGAUCCCUUUGCCGUUCCCCAAGCUGGAACACAUCGUGCGGCCGCAGUUCGAUGGAACGACGGUGCAGGAAUGCUUCCUCACCUUCUCCACCGCGAGCGUCGAGAAGCUUACGGCGCGGGCGAACGACGAGAUCGCCGGGACGGCCGCCGCCAUCUCCUCGCUCCAGGCGGUCCUGGCGCACCUCUGGCGCGCCGUGUGCCGCGCCCGUCGCCUCCCGCCGGAGCAGCGCACGUCCUACUCCGUCGUCGUCGGAUGCCGGGGUCGCGUCAACGGCAUGCCGCCGGGCUACGUCGGCAACGCCAUGGUGUUCGGCAAGGCGGAGGCCACCGCGGGCGAGAUCGAGGCCAACGGGCUCGGCUGGACGGCGUGGCUGCUGAACCGCGCCGAGGCCUCGUUCGACGAGGGGGAUGUGAGGAAGUCGAUGGAGCGGUGGGCCCGGCAGCCGGAGUUCAUGUUCAUGACCGACCUGUCCUCCGCCGGCUCGGCGCUGGCGACCGGGAGCUCGCCGUGGCUCGACGUGUUCGGGAAUGACUUCGGAUGGGGGAGGCCGGUGGCCGUCCGGAGUGGCGCGGGGAACAAGGCCGACGGCAAGGCGGCGGUGUACGAGGGGCCGGAGCCGGGAGGGAGCAUGUCGCUGGAGUUGUGCGUCGCGCCGAACGCGCUCGAGAGGCUCGUCGCCGACGGGGAGUUCAUGGACGCGGUUAGCUUGCCGGCGUGAGGUGACCGUGUGCAUCGAUCACUAAAGCAGCUUCCUUCGUGGAAGACUUCAAUAUUGUUUUGUUUGCAUGUGCAUGUAGCCGCUCAACUGUUAUGUAAGUGUUGUACUCGUUCGUUCUCUAGUACUCCCUCCGUUUUUU